ACGCUAUAAAUUCCUCUCUUCAUUUCCAUUAUGUACAAAAUCUCACCCUCCCAAUCAAAACCACCCAAAUUCUCUGAAAAUGGCCAUCCCAUUUCCAGAUUUCCCAGAAAACCCAAUAAAUUUUAAAUCACUGAACAAGAAUCAAAACUUGGAAAAACUCAAAAAGAGUACUAAACCCAACCAAAAAUCACUGUGGGCAUUUUUGUCUUCCAUUUUGAUAUACACUUCCGUGUUCUACAUUUUUAACCUCUCACCUUCGAGCUUAAUCUGUAGCACCAAAUUCUGGUUUUUCAUAUCAAACACCCUCGUUCUCAUCGCCGCCGUUGAUUUUGCCGCAUUUUCUCACGACCAAGGGCACGUCAUCAAACACGCUACCACCACAUCAUCAUCAAAAAGCAACAAUGAUCAAAGACAACACCGCCGCCACAUCGUCUAUCACUAUCAAAGACACUGCUGCCACGUCACCCAAAGGCGGCGCCAUCGUCUUGUUUGAGGCGACUACGUGGCAUGACGUGAAAGAAGAAGAGAAUCCCAAGGAGAAGAUUCGCGCGCGGAGUAAUUCCGUGGUCGUGGCGGCGGCGGAGGAAGAGGGGAAGGCGAUGGUUUUGCAUAGAACAUUGUCGGAGAAGCACGAUCGCGAAGAUCAUCGAUCAUUCGAAGACGAGAAAGUUAACGAGUUUUCACAAAUGUCCAAUGAAGAAUUGAACAAAAGAGUCGAGGAAUUUAUUCGACGAUUUAAUAGGCAGAUUAGGCUUCAAGCACGACACAAUUUGGAGAUGAAUCAAAUUCAGUUAAGAUCGAUGAGACCCGAGUUCGAGUUUUUAUGUAUAAAGAAAUCGUUGUUCUACCAACUACUUCACAUACAUUUCAUGAAGCUUCGAUUUUUUUUUUCCCCUUAGAUCCUUUUAUUGAUGUAGUGAGGCUUUUAUAGAUUAUUGUAAUUAGCCGGAGAGUAUUUAAAUUACAAUUAAUUAUACGAUACUGACCUUUAAAAUA